AUGUCUUUUGAAUACUGCUAUUACCGCCCUAGCACGCCUCCCCGCGUGCCAUUGGGGGAGCUGCUUGGGACGGGGCACAGUCGACACGCCUCCGACUCAUCGAUAUACUCCAACGACUCUUCCCCCUGGUCUGCGGUCACCGCGACGACGAGCCCCGGAGGCGAGUCUCCUCCCCGCCACCAUCACGGACCCGCACUUCUGCCUAAGAUCCGCUCACAGGACGUGGUGAUUGAGCCGGUGUCCGCUGGUGGGCCGCAACGGCAACGCCUGGUGCUGUCGAACACCAGGAACCCGCCAGGAUUCCUGCAGUACCCGCCGAGUCGUCCAUCGAACCAGCAUACCGGCAUCGAGACCGGGGAUUGCUUCCCGGACGGCGUGCCGCUGGUGUCUCCUGUAUCCGUCCCGUCGCCCAUGUACGGGCCCCACAAGAGCUCAACGCUGUCGUCCCCAGUGAGCAUCACGCCGUCUCACAAGCGCAGGGCCACCUCUACUGGGCAUUCUCGCUCCCGCUCGAGUCCCAGUGUUGACGAGGAGACUCUCAAACGGUACGGCUACCCGACGUAUCGUCAGCUCCCCCACUACACGGACCAGGCGCAGAGCUCCCCCACCACGCCAGCCACCCCAGUGACUCCCAACAUCGUGGUUUACCCGCCCUACCAACAACCCUGCGGAGGGGAGCUGCAAGCCCCAAGGGUCCGACCAAGACGCCAGGUGCCGCUGGUCCUCCCAGGCUCCCCAUACAGCUACAACCCCAUCCCCAGCGCCCAAUGCUCCCCCCUCGGCAUCACCCAGCCAGCAGAAGCAAUAAGCCCGCACUCCACAACCCUCCUCUCCUACCUAACGGCCCCAACCCAAGCAAUCAACCUCGUCCGCAACGUCAGCGUCGUCCCAACCCGCGGCAUGCAUGACUACUUCUGGUGGGACAUCCGCAACCUGCGCAGCUGGACCUCCUUCUCCCUCUCCACAUUCAACGAGAUCAGCGGCCUCAUGAAACUUCUAACAACAACCAUCCCCUCCCACCUAACGCCCCACGUCCCCGUCCCCAGCACCCGCCUCUCGCCCGACUCCGAACCCUCUCUCAUAAACCUCAUUCAAGACAUCUACGCGCCCCGCGUGAACGCCGCGCUGGCAGUCUCCCAAGGCCCAGACCACCUCCGCCUCUACGCAGCCCCCAUCCCCCGCACAAUGGCCAACAGAAACUACGGCGGCCCGCACUUCCUCGCUAAUUACGCCUCGGACACCGAGCAGACGCUUGCUGGUCUUCCCCGAGGCCGCCUCGUCGGCAUCGCCAAGAGCUUCGACCGCUGGAACACCGGCAUGCGCAAUGAGGGACCCCACCGCCGAGUCGAGUACCUCAAGGGCCUGGCCCACCUCCAGCGCUGCAUGCGCGAGCACUCCUGCCGCUACGGCUUCAUCAUCACCGAGAUCGAGCUCGUCUGUGUGCGCGCCGGCUGCGACGCCGGCGACGACGUGCCCUACUUCGGCUUCCUGGAGAUCUCCGCCCCGAUUCCCACCAACACCGCUGCAACCACACAUCACGCCGACGCACCACCCAGAGGAAGCAGAGGCGGAAGCACACCUCCCCCAUACAACAACAGCUCACCAACCCCAUCCUCAAGCGACGACAGCUCCCUAGCCAGCCAAUCGCCCCUCCUCGACACCUACCCAGACAAUCCAGCCCCAUCAGGCCUCCCCGUCCCAAUGACAGCCAGCUUCGCGCUGUACUUCCUCCUAAUGCUCUCCAAGUCGGUGCCGCUGCCGUCUCAGCCAUCGUCGCAUCUCAACGUCGGCGGGCCGGGCGCACUCACCCGCCAGCGUAUUCUCCUCGACGGGAAGGAUAAGUGGAUCCCGGAGCCGCAGAUUGGGGAGAGGAGGGAUGCGAAGCGCGUUCGCGGGUGGGUGUGGCCGCAGGAUGCGUGGCAUCGGCGGGAGGGGGGUGGUGUGCCGCGG